AUGUCUGAGCCAACGUCAGAUAUUCAACAACCACCAAACAACGGGCACAAUGAGGACCACUCGCUCCCUAACGAUAGUGCUGGCGGUUUUUCUGCGAUUAACCGUGCGUUUCUUUUCUUAUCCAUUUUUCCAUUUUUUUCCCUCCCCUUCUCCCUCUGCUAAUAUAUUGCAUCACAGGCCUUGAUAAUUCGCAGGAUGCAGUGGACCCAGCUCUACAAACCCCGCUUCAGGCAGUUGCCGCAUUUAAUGCCGCUUUCCCUGAUAUCGAUCCCUCCCCAAAUAGGUGGGGGAAACGCCAGGCGGAUACCGAGAUCCCCGAAGAUGCCAUGGACGAUAUCGCUGCCAAGCGCCAGCAAAUGGAGGAUUUGGCGGCCGUCUCGCAAACUCUUAGUUCUCACCUCGUCCAGGCCGACCUUAGCCAGGAUGAAGUCAAUGGGCAAAAUCUCUCGAUGGCCAACUUCGCCGGUGGAAGCGAUGCUGUCAGCCAAUAUGCGCCGCAACCGCACACGCCUGUCGUGCAGAACGAUCACCAGAACGUUUUAACGCAUGAGACGGAGGAUGACGGAAUGGAUCAAGACUUUAUGAGCGACGAAGAGCAGGAGGGCAAUUCGGGGCCAGCCUCCUGGGACCAGUAUGACCAUAACUCUUUCUUGAUGUGGGAUGCAAACCGUAAUCUCCGGAUUCAUAGCUUGCCCAUUCUUGACAACUUGGUGAGUAUUGAAUCUACCCUUUCGCUCGAUAUCUUCGGCACCUAUCUCUAACGAAAUCCAACCCUCUAUGGUGUACAGUCUUCUCAAAUUCUGAGCACUUUGGGCAAAGGGCCGUACCAGGAAACUUUAAACAUCGUUACCCAACCAGAGUCCGACCAGGGUCAAGCAUAUAAUACUAUGAAGACUUUAUUCGACCAUACAAAGAAGCUCUACACCCAUGAGGCAUUUCUUUCGGCCGACGAACUCAAAUUUGAACAGCCCGAGCAGCGUGCGACUAUCCGUAGAGUCAACCUGGCUACUUUUGUUUCCUCCGUUUUCGGAUCCCAGGAAGUUGGUUUUUUCCACCUUAAUGAGCAUUUCCUCGACACCUUUGUUCCCGAUGGUGGCAGGCUCUUGAAGUCUCAAGGCGCUUUGUAUUUGGAUCUCAAAACUCAGGCCUAUAUUUCUGCGAUGUCCACCAACGAACGCGACAAAGAGGAUAUCUUGCUUGAUCUGUUCCCAGAUGACAUGAGCUCCAUCCUUUUGAACCGUAAGCCUGGGGCCAAGCAAUUGACACCCAGCGAGCUUGAUUUCGCUCAUAGGUUGGCUCAGAGGAAACAGCACUUGAUGAUGAUACCUGAUGACGUGAACCUGAGUGAAAAGUAUGUCUGGCAAGAAUUCUUGAAGGAGGUUAGCUGGUAUGUCAGCAAGAAUUACGAGUCUAUUGUCGCUCAGCCGGUAAGUUCAAAUUCCCUUCUUUCCCCACAAGGCAAUGUCUGAAUUUCUAUAAACAGAUUCGCCGUGUCAGAAAGCGUAAAUCACCUUCUCUUUCCAAUGUCCGAACGCCUACCUUCGGUCACGCAGGGUCCCCGCUCGCGGGCAGACGCUCCAUGUCUCAUGGGCCUGAGGAUAUGAAUGGUAGUCCCCUUGCACGCUCCGAGUCUAGAACUCCAAACGGCGGAGAAGUGUCAGUCGCCCAACUAGCUCUCGAAAACGAGCUCUUCGGCUCCAACACUAGUAUUGCAAUGUCACUCGGGGCCCCUCCCUCUCAGCCGUCGCCACCCCAGAGCGCACCUACCCAGGUCCUUUACGAGCGCGCCCGCAUGGCCGCAACCGCAAAGGCCUCGCCUAAUUCCCGCCGUGCAGGCCUCCCAUCUCAACGCCGUCCCUGGACCACUGAGGAGGAGAACGCGCUCAUGGCCGGCCUCGACCGCGUCAAAGGCCCACACUGGUCGCAGAUCCUCGCAAUGUUCGGUGCCGGCGGAACAGUUAAUGAAGUUCUUAAGGAUCGCAAUCAAGUUCAACUAAAAGACAAAGCUAGAAACCUCAAGCUAUUCUUUUUAAAGUCGAACAUCGAAGUCCCUUACUACCUUCAGUUUGUCACGGGCGAACUUAAGACACGCGCUCCCGGCCAAGCGGCCAAGCACGCGGCCAAAAAGGCCACCGCUGCGAGCGCUUCCGAAGACGCCGCCCACGUCGCUGCUGUUACCGCUCUCGGACAGGCACGCAAUAUGACUCAUUUGAGUCAGGCAAUCGAUAUGGAUCAGGUUGUGGCAGCAGCGGCGGCCGCAGCAGCAGCUGGAGGACUAGGGGAAGGCAGCUCUUCCCAGGAGGGAUCUCACCAAGGCUCUGUUGCUCCAAUGGCGGAUAUGGGAAUGGGAGUCGAUAUGACCGUCACCGAUCAACUUCAACAGCACGAUCAGCUUCCCCACCAUGGUACCACUGCUCCUAAUACCCCUUCUGCUAUUCAUCACCAUCCCGACGCCGCCCCUAGUCACGAGAUUCCUAAUACCAUCGUCACCCAUCACCAACACGAUGGUAGACUUGACCCCGUCCUAAUGAUGAGUGGUGUCUCGGCGAUCGAAACCGCGCCUAAUACCCCCCAGGUGGUCGACGGCGACCUUCAAAACUAA